AUGCAAUUAUUGAAUAGUAAAUUCCAGGUACCGCCUGAUGUUUCAAAUGACGGUAGUGAACAAUUAAAUUUUAUUCUUCACAAGAUUCUUCUUCCAAUUAUUGAUCGUUACAUACCUGCGGUUAAAGCAUAUUGUUGUACGUCUUGUAACUUCACUGUAUAUACCAGAUUUAAUACUAGUUACAUUCCAAUAAACAUGGUACAAGUACAAUCACAAAUUCGUCAUCGACUCAACAGUUACUUUGAUGGUUCCAUAUCUGAUCAUCUAUGUGAUAAAUGUUCAAUGACUAUGUCUCGACGUAUAAAAUUACUUGAAUGUCCAUCUGUAAUCAUUCUUCGUAUUGAUUAUAACAAUAUUUCAUCAAGAGUUUUACGUAAACCACCAAAUGCAUUUUUUUUUCAAUCUUUUUUAGAGAAAACUAAUAUUGGCUGUUCAUCAUCAACAAUUUACGAUGUAGUUGCCUUUAUAUUGAUCAUGCCAAAUGCAGAUAAUAAACUAGUAUUAGCGACGAAGAUUAAACAACGCUGGAGAAUCAAUUCCAUGACAAAACUUAUUGGUAAUGGUGAAACGCUAUGUAAAUUAUUUGCGAAUAGUCGAUUGAUAAUUCUUGAACGUACAAGAACUUGUAAUAGUAACUUUAUUUAUGCAAUUGCUCAGUGUUGCUCCUUUACAAUAAGUGAAAUUCAACAAAAUGACUUCCGCACAUGUAACAGUUUAAACGAUGCUGUGAAAAUCAUUGAAAGUAAAUCAACACUUACGAAUCUUUGCUCAAUGUUAUCUUCACAUUUUAUCACAUAUUAUCAAAGCCAAAAUUGUCGAUACUCACCUAUUUCAUUGUCAGCAACACAUAAAGAUGUAUCUAUUUACGAACAGAAUACGGAACUUUCAUUCAUCUGUGGCAUACCAUUAACAUCGUUAGAUAGAAUGGACCUUUCUUGCUCUGUAUGUCAUAAGAAAACAGAAAACGUACUUUUACCAGUACAUAGUCAAAUUCAUCAUCAAUACCCGUCAAUCUGUAUGUACUAUUCAGAACGCACGACACUGCAUGGUGUUCAAGAUCUUCGGAUUGAAUUGAAAAGUUAUGAUACACAAUCCACAUAUGCCUAUCAGGCAACAUCUGUAUUACUUAUUGAUGAAUAUAAUGGAAUAUCAGUAGUUAAAAUUGAUAAACUUUCGAUUUAUUGUACAAAUCCUUAUCAAGCAGUAACCACUUCAUCUUUUGAUGCAAUUAAUGAAGCUUUUCAUACAGCUCAAAAGACAAUAAUUUUCUUGAAACAGGUGAACAUCAAUCCGGCUUACGUUGAACGAGAACUUGAAUAUUGUAUUAACAAAGUUGGCUGCAAAGGUAUUUUACUUUCACCGUCGAUUAAAUCGUUCAAUACACUUGAGAUUUUUCGUCGAUUGGUACCGGAACUCGGCCAAAGUGUCUCGUCGACUAACGUGCUUUCAGCAAAAACAGUUCCCACUUUAAAACAUGUGAUUUUAACUGGUACACAAAUAUCAAUACCGGGCGUACAUUCAUAUGAAGACUUAAUCAAACGAGGUGGUCAGUUAUCACACAAAAGUCUUAUUGAACGACAAGCAUCGAUUGAUCCUGAUGCACCUGUUGAAAUCUUUUACACUUCCGGAACUACAGGUCAACCGAAGGCUGCAACAUUGACUAAUUUCGGUGUGAUCAAUCUGAUUCGUAGUCAAUGGGAACAUUUCGGUCAAUUUUUUACUCGUCUUUGUGUUCCUAUACCAAUGUUUCACAUAUUCUCAGAAAUGGUCGGUGUUCUCAAUGCAGCAGUUGCCAAAUGUCAUCUCACUUUUCCGGAUAUUCUACCCGAUACCGUAUCUACUAUGCGUGCUAUUCAUGAAGAAAAAUGUACUGCACUUAUAGGAGCACCGAUUAUUUUUCGUGAUAUAUUGAUGCAUCCGGAUCGAAAAAAAUACAAUUUUACUUCAUUAGUUUUCGGUUUAUCAGGAGCAAAUGCAAUGCAUAUUGAUUUUUUACGUCAAUUAGAAAAAGAGCUUCCAAUCACACGUAUGGCACAAGCCUAUGGAAUGACUGAAACUGCUGGUAUCAUAACUUGUAGUAUGUGGGCUGGUGAUGAAGAUGUCAAGCAACGUCUUUCAUCGAUCGGACGACCAAUGCAAGGUCUAGAAAUAAAAGUUGUCGAUCAAGAAGGCAAUACAGUAUCCAUUGGUAAAUCAGGUGAAAUUCAGACAAGAGGUCAUUCGGUGAUGCUUGAAUAUUAUGGUGAUAUCGAGAAAACACAAGAAACCAUUACAUCAUCGCGAUGGCUUAGAACGGGUGAUGAAGGUAAAAUGAACGAAAAUGGUUAUGUCUAUUUUGUUGGACGCAAAAAAGAUAUUAUUAAUCGUGGUGGUGUCAAAAUUUAUCCUGUCGAAGUUGAAAAUACUAUUGCUGAACAUCCAUGUGUAGCAGAUGCACAAGUCUUUUCCAUUCCAAACGAACGAUACGAUGAAGAAGUAUGUGCUUGGAUUAGAUUGAAACCUGAUGCACCUAAAUGUGAAGUAGAAGAUAUUCGAAAUUUUCUUAAAAAUCGAUUAGCUUUCUUCAAAAUACCGACACAUAUACGAAUUGUAGACAAAUUCAUUAUGACACCGACGGGUAAAGCACAAAAAUUUAAAAUGUCCGAAGUAAUGGCGAAUGAAUUACAGCAAAACAAAAAUAAACAUUGA